UGCAAAGGCUACAGCUUUGGUUGGGAUGCGAUUAUCUCCUGCCCAACCCAACCAAACUGAACCAAAUUAAUAACCUGCAGUGCAGCUCGAAUGCUUCGAUCGCCGUACUAGUAUAAGAAUCCCCCAUUGCUCGAUCGAUUCUUUCAUCAUAUCCAUCUAGAUCAUAUCGAGCUUUUGUUUCUUUGGAAGCAAGAUUUGAUCUUGGCAAGAAAGGUUUGGUCUUGGCCGGGUUUUCUUGCAAGAAAGAUUUGAGCUUGGGUUGGAUGAUGAUGAUGGGAUACUUCCGGGCGCCGAGGAGGAAGGCGGGGAGGGAGGAGGGCGUGCGGGCGGCGCUGCUCGUCGGCGGCGGCGGCGGCGGCGAGGAGGGGGCGGUGCCCAGGGGCUACUUCGCGGUGUACGUCGGCGCGGAGGCGAGGCGGUUCGUGGUGCCGACGAGCUACCUCGGCCAGCCGGCGUUCCGGGAGCUGAUGGAGCGCGCGGCGGAGGAGUUCGGCUUCGCCCAGGCCGGCGGCCUCCGCCUCCCGUGCCGCGAGGAGGACUUCGAGGCCACCGUCGCCGCGCUCGAGAUCUAUUGA